CCCAGCCAUGAUCUCGCUCUCCGCUAGUGUAGUGUUCCAAGUGCAAUCUUUAGUAGCUAAUGGCGACUAGUGCGUGCUACUAGUGAUCGUGUGUAGCGAAUUAGUGCACCGAGCGUGAUUAGUGACUCACUGUGAAUGAGGCCAGCGUUUCCAGGCUGGGGAUUCGGUUCAACGGUUAGCUGGUAUUUGGAGUAUUUGUGUUUCCGCACGGCCAGAGAGAGGUAUUGUUUGCUUGGGCGCCACACAGCAGUGCAGUGUUAUUAAUUACCGUCGGAUGGUGGUCGUGUGGCUUUAUCAACGAGUGACCGGAAUUGCGUGAAAGUACAGGCGGUCCCCGGGGCACGUGGUCCAACGGAGGACGACGACUGCUGGGCGAGAUGCUGCAACAUCCGUCGACCGAUUACUACGAGCUAUCGGCGGCCAAACAGCAGCAGCAGCAGCAGCAGCAACAACAGCAGACGCCCCCUACAUUCAGUCCGCAGAGCGUGGGCGGUGCCACUAUGGCCGUGGGACCGAUCGGUGGUGGUAGCAGUGGAGGUGCGGGAGUUGGUGGUUCAUUGGUGAUUAGCAACAGUGGCAACAACAAUAACAACAACAACAGCAACAGUGUGAAUAACAACAAUAAUGCCAGCGUUAGUGAUGCUGAUCUCGAGCUGAUCGCCGGCGGUGGAGCCGAUCGAGAAUCGCUGCCCAGCUUUGGCUUCACCCAGGAGCAGGUGGCGUGCGUGUGUGAGGUUCUCCAGCAGGCCGGUAAUGUCGAGCGGCUAGGGCGGUUUCUCUGGUCACUGCCACAAUGUGAUAAGCUGCAGCUUCACGAGUCCGUGCUGAAGGCCAAAGCGGUGGUCGCGUUCCACCGAGGGAACUUCAAGGAGCUGUACCGGCUGCUCGAACACCACCAGUACUCCCCGCACAACCACGCCAAACUACAGGCACUCUGGCUCAAAGCACACUACGUAGAGGCGGAAAAGCUACGCGGCCGCCCGUUGGGUGCGGUGGGCAAGUACCGGGUGAGACGCAAGUUUCCACUGCCCCGCACAAUCUGGGACGGCGAGGAAACAAGCUACUGUUUUAAGGAAAAAUCAAGAUCGGUCCUGCGAGAUUGGUACACGCAUAAUCCGUACCCAUCGCCCCGGGAGAAGCGGGAGUUGGCCGAAGCAACCGGCUUAACGACGACACAGGUUUCGAAUUGGUUCAAAAACCGACGGCAGCGUGAUCGAGCAGCUGAGCACAAGGAUACCGGUGAAUCGGACAAGCAGCAUCUGGACUCGUCCAGUGAUUCGGAUAUGGAUGGCCCAAGCCUGGCUUCGUUGGCCGUCGGUCCCGGUUCCGGUGGUGGCGGUGUGCUGCAUCUCGGCACCAGUGGCGGAACACUCAGUACCACCCAGGGUACCGGCCAAGCUUCGGGUGGCGCUGGAGUGCUCGGAUCGGCCGGUGCUACCACACUCGGUGGAUCGGCAUCAUCCGGUCUCGAUCCUCACAACACCGCACACCAUCAUGCACACCAACACCAGCAACAACAGCAGCAGCAGCAGCAACAACAACUGGGCCAGCAUCAUCUUCAAAAUCCCGGCCAUGCUGGUGGAACGAGCACAACAGGUGGUAGUGGUGGUGGCGGAGGAGGUGGAGGAGGUGGUGGUGGUGUGCAGCAUCCACAUUCGCAGUCCCAUCAUCAUCAUCAUCAUCCUCACCAGCAGCACAAUCCGCACCACCACACCCACCACCAUCCGAAUCAUCCCCAUCAGCAGCAUCAUGCGUCCUCCCAUCAGCACCACACGCACCCACAGUCGUCGCACCAUCAACCGCAACCACUCGGAACGCGGAACGGCAAUCUGAUGAACAUUUCACCGAGUGGCAACAAAUCGUCGGUGGCCGCGAUCGGUCAGCAGCUAUCGGCCGCCGCUGCCUAUACGCACUUUCACAAUGUGAUGGGCUCGAUGCCACUCUACGACAUUGGCGACUAUCAGCAUUUAUGAUUUUAAGCCGACCAUCUAUGCUGCCACCGUCGUCAUCGGGCACAAAAGACAGACGAUGAUGGCUGGUGAUGAAUGAAUGAAAGAGGAUGAGCAGAAUCAAAUGACGCCCGUGUGUGACGAGAUCAGUUAGCUAAAACGGAACUAAACCCCAUUAAGGGACAUGUGCAGCCGGUUGAUGAGGGAGGUGAUUUUUUAAACUUACGUUAGUGUUGAUAGUAACUCAAUUGACUGGCCACGUCCGAUCGUCUGUGCCCCCCCCCCCUCCUCCCGCUGUAAGGUAAUUUCGAUGCGAUUUUUUGUUUCAUUUCA